AAAAUGUCAUAUCAGCCUAUCUAAUUUUCUAGAUAUCCCUGAUUUUUAAUUUACUCGUCUAUUUUGACCUAUUCGAAUAUAAGAAGAAGAGGAAUACUGUUUAUCAAACGUUCAUUUGGUUUCGACGAUUAUAUACGACAAUUAAAAGAAGCUCAGAAUGGCAUCAGGAUUGGAAGCCUACAUAAAUCACACAGUGUCUAUAAUAACCGCAGAUGGUCGCAAUUUUAUUGGUACCUUAAAAGGAUUCGAUCAAACUAUUAAUGUGAUCCUUGACGAAUCACACGAACGUGUCUUUUCUACGACAUCGGGUAUAGAACAGAUUGUAUUGGGCCUGCAUAUAAUCCGUGGAGAUAACAUAGCCGUAAUUGGAUUAAUCGAUGAUCAAAUUGAUUCACGACUUGAUUUGGGAAAUAUACGCGGAGAACCUUUGGGUCCAGUUGUACAUUAAAGCUAUUUAAAAUAAUAAAACCAAUACUUAGUUCUAGAAAAUAAA